AUGAAAUUUUAUUUAUACUUAUCAAUUUUAUUAAUUUUAUUGACAUCAACAUCAUUUGGCGAUAUUUGGUCUAAUUGUGGCCCAAAUGAAAAAUUUAAGAUUACAUCUGUUUCAAUAGUUCCAGACCCACCAGUAAAAGGAAAAUUAAUUACAAUUUCAGGUUCUGGAGUAUUAGGUGAAAAUUUGACAAGUGGACAAGUUGCAAUACUUGUUAAAUUUGGAUUAAUAACUUUAAUAAAUGAAAAGAAAGACAUUUGUACUUUACCUGGCUCACCAUAUAAAUGUCCAAUUAAAGAAGGUGAAUAUUCUCACACUAUAAAUUUUACAAUUCCUGAAGCUGCUCCAAAUGGCAAGUACACGGGCCAUGUUAGUGUAACUGACCAAGAAUCAUCAGAAAUUGCUUGCAUAGAUGUUACAUUAACCCUUUAA